AUGAAUCUCUAUCAUCAUCCACAACGGCUACUCCUGGAUGCACCGACAGGUGCGCCGUCUGGUAACAGUGGCAGACCACCGGCUGCUUACCCCAGUGAGGCGAAUUUCGACACAAACAUGGUGAUUAUACUAGCAGCCCUGCUUUGUGCACUGAUAUGCGCUCUUGGACUAAACUCAAUUGUGCGUUGUGCUAUAAGAUGUAGCCGGAGGCUGGCCUUCGAAACACCGGAAGAGACAGCUGCCCGGCUAGCAGCCACUGGCCUGAAAAAGAGCGUGUUACGCCAGAUUCCGGUGACUGUAUAUGGGUCGGGGAUAGGUAUUCCGGCCACAGAUUGUCCAAUUUGCCUUGGUGAAUUUAUGGAUGGUGAGAAAGUUAGAGUUCUGCCAAGGUGUCACCAUGGUUUUCACGUGAGGUGUAUUGACAUUUGGUUGGCAUCACACUCCUCCUGUCCGACGUGCCGACAGUCUAUAAACGAAAAACCGACAUCUUCCGAAGCAACAGACGUGGAAGCCGGGCAGGGAAAUGCAUCAGGAGGGCAUGGUGAUGUCCCUGGAUCAAUUGAAGAAGUAGGUUGA